AUCAGAAAUCAACUAUACCUUGUUCCUAUAGUCUACCUUAUCUGACUAUAAUAUUAAAGCCACAGUCUCUUCCCUUCCAAUUUCCUUUGAUUCUUCCUCCCACCAUUAUUCCUUCAUCUUCAAAGACAUGAUUCCCAAACCUCCAACUUCAAUCUCCAUUUCAGUUCUCCUUACUUUCUUCUUCUUCUUCUUCUUCCCACUUUCCUCCUCCGCCUUCAAAAAUACCACCUAUACUUUCGGAUUUCCCUUUAACUCCACCUACUACCAAACCUUUAUAGUUGAACCUCCAGCCACCAUCAGUAACGACGCUCUUCAAGUCACUCCAGACUCCGCUGGUAAUUUCUCCCUCACUAAUAGAUCGGGUCGGAUCCUCUUCAGACAACCCUUUACUCUAUGGGAACCUCUAGGACCCAAUCGGACCCGGGUUGCCUCUUUUAACACUUCUUUUAUUAUCAACAUCUAUCGUAUCAAUAACACUGAUGGUACCCCUGUUACCGCUGGUGAAGGUUUAGCUUUCAUUAUUGCUCCUGAUCUUGCUGUACCUCCUGCAAGCUCUGACCAGUUUCUGGGUUUAACAAACUCCACUUCUGAUGGAAAAUCGGAUAACAAACUCUUUGCUAUUGAAUUUGAUACCUUCAAAAAUGGGGAUUAUGAUCCUAAUGGUAAUCAUAUUGGAGUUGAUAUUAACUCUAUUCACUCUAAAUACACCGUUAAUCUCUCUGAUUUCAACAUUAAUCUUGCUCCACUUGGAACGCUUUUUCACAAAAUCUGGGUAGUUUAUGAUGGAGGUGAGAGAAAAUCGCUCAUUGUUUACAUCGCUGAUCUUGAAGAAAAAAACGCGGAGGCGCGUAUGCCUCAAAAGCCGGUGCUGAAUAUAUCUGGUAUUGAUCUGAGUGAGAUUGUGAACCCAACUUCGUAUUUCGGGUUUUCAGCCUCAACUGGGGAUGAAAUUGCGGAGCUCCAUUGUGUUCUGAGCUGGAAUCUAUCCGUUGAAACGAUAGGAAAAUCGUCUCGUGGAGGAAACAUGCGUGUUUACCUUGGAGUUGGGAUUUCAGCAGUGGUUUUACUAGCGAUUGGUGCGGUGGGUUUGUAUUACUGUUGGACUAAAAAGUAUAGGGCAGCAGCAUCCGACCCGAAUAUUCUUGGAGCUUUGAAAAGUUUGCCGGGUAUGCCUCGAGAAUAUGAACACAAAGAUUUGAAAAAAGCAACGAAUAAUUUUGAUGAGAAGAAUAAAUUAGGGCAAGGAGGUUAUGGAGUGGUUUAUAGAGGGUUGUUACCGAUUGAAAAAAUAGAGGUGGCAGUGAAGCAAUUUUCAAGAGAUAAACUUAAGAGUAAAGAUGAUUUCUUGGCUGAGCUUACCAUUAUUAAUAGGUUGCGACACCGGAAUCUGGUCAAAUUGCUUGGAUGGUGCCACAAGAAUGGAACACUUCUACUAGUGUAUGAGUACAUGCCUAAUGGCAGUCUAGACAAGCACAUAUUCUGCGGGGAGGACAAAGUACCCUUGAGCUGGGAACUCCGGUUCAAGGCUUUGAAGGGUGUAGCCUCUGCUCUUCACUAUCUCCACAACGAGUAUGAUGAGAAGGUGAUUCAUCGAGACCUCAAGGCAAGCAAUGUCAUGCUUGAUACCAACUUCAAUGCCCGCCUUGGUGAUUUUGGGUUAGCUCGUGCAUUAGACCACGAAAAAACCUCUUAUGCUGAGAUGGAGGGUGUACAUGGCACAAUGGGAUAUAUUGCUCCCGAGUGCUUCCAUACUGGUAAGGCUACUAGGGAGUCCGACAUUUAUGGCCUUGGUGCAGUGCUUCUUGAGGUGGCUUGUGGACUACGUCCUUGGACGAAGAGGGGUGGAUACCUUUGCCUCGUUGACUGGGUGUGGUCUAUGCACCGAGAAGGGAGCAUCUUUGAAGCAGUUGAUGAAAGAUUAGGAAAGGAUUUUGUAGCUGAGGAAGCGGAAAGGGUAUUGCUCCUUGGUUUGGCAUGCUCCCACCCUAUUGGACACCAGAGGCCUAAAACUCAAGCAAUACUGCAGAUUUUAUCAGGAUCAGUACCUAUGCCUUCCGUACCACCUUUCAAGCCAUCUUUCGUGUGGCCUGCAAUGGGCCCUAUUGACGACACAACCACCUCCGAAAUGACAGCCGACACUACUCCUAUCAAUUCUUCACACUAUGACAACUCUGGUUGGACUCCUCGCUCAUUCAGCCCACACAGUGGGAGUGCAUACUCCAUGGUAUAACAAAGCCGCAACAUAUCAUCCAAUUUAUGUGAAAAGUUUUCCUUAAAAUGAUAAUUGAAGGGAUGAAGGACUACAAUUUUGUGUCCCCUAAAAUUUUUUCCCAUAUAAUUUGUACAUGGUAACAAGGAUAAAUUAUUACUAUAAUUGUCAUUUGUUUAUUUUUAGUUUCUGAAAACCCGGUUGUAUUCAUGUAUCUAGUAACUGGUAAUGACUAAUGUUAGUACCAGGAUAAAGAAAAUGUAUUAAUACAAAGGAAGAACGUGAAUAUCUGAUUGUUUAGAGACUUCUAUUAA